UCCAAGAGUAUAAGUGAAUAGUAUAAUUACAGCCCAUUACCAUUCGUCAGAGAAAACGGAUUGCUUCCACAUAAACAUUGUAUUCAUCGAAAUAAUGUCAAGACAUACAUUUUCUUCCUAUGGAUAUCCGAACUUCAUUGUUUUUACUGGCAAAACAGAAAGGAAAGAACACAAACUUGGGAAUUUCAUCUGCUACCUAAACCAGGAAGUCAUUUCAUUCUCAGCCUGUCGAUGCCGAGUCCUCCGAUUCCACGUUCAAAAUCAGCCCCCGAUAUCAACAGUCCUCCCUCUCCCUCCAACCCCUACAUACCUUCGACCAAGUCCAUGCGCUCUUCUCGCUCAGCCGGCUCACCAAUCACUGCCUUCCAAAAGAAACUCGGUGACUACAUUGGAAGAAAGAAGAACUCAGACCUAACUGCACAGAAGCUCGAAGAGUUCAAUAAAAGACUAGAGGCAAGAUAUUCGACCAGCAGUCCUUAUUACAAGGGACUAACAGACUUUUCCCUGGUAAUCAACAGAGAAAAAUACUCAGGGUCGAGUCCUGGAAGAGAGAGUAAUGCAACAAGUUUCAUCAGUACUGGUUCCAAAUCCAGUUUUGCCAUCAAGGUGCAAGAAUGGGGUUCGUCUUGCUUUACCUCCAGAAAGCUCGAUAAAACAUCAUCAUCAUCUGGUUCUUCUUCGACCAAGAGUUCCCACAACAUUCGUGCAGAAAAAAUCAGAGAAACAGACACAACGAUUACAAAAAUUAGAACCAAAACAGCAAAAGAUGAAUCAGACUCUGACAGGAAAAAAGUUACCUUUCAUUCCAUCAACAGCAACGAUGAUACAAUCACUUCAUCAAACAAGGAGAAGUCAUUGAGGGAGAGAGAUUCAGAAAAACCACAUACACCGGCGCUAUCAUAUACAGUGUCAUUACCAUAUUCGCCACCACAACAAAUUCCUCUACAAGCAGAGUCCUUGCCAGAUCCAAUUCCAUUACCAGAUGUGCUCCUACCUGGACAAACACCAAUUUUACUCCCACCUUCAGCAGUAGCUCAGGUUACUGAUGCUGAAAUGGAUUUCUUAAAUAAGAAGGAUACAAAUACGAUAGAAAAUGAAAGAAAAUAUGUAUGGGCCAGCAAAUAUCGGCCUUCUAAUCUGCAAGAUUUUCUAUGCAAUCGGGAAACAGCACUCAGGCUGCAGACGAUAGUGAGAAAUCAGCAAAAUAAAGCAGAAGAAUGCGGUCAUUUCAUAUUCGAAGGACAACCAGGGGUGGGAAAGAGAACCAUGAUCUGGGCUGCUCUAAAAGAAGCCUUUGGAGCCGACGAAAUACAGGCAAGAGAAGAAUGCAAGGAAUUCAACUUGAAGGGAGAAGCAGUAAGCAGCAUCUUCGUAAAUUUGAUGGUAUCAGCACGACACAUCGAAGUGAAUCUCUCUGAAUUGAAAGGCUAUGAAAAACAUAUCAUUGUCGAACUAAUCAAGGAGAAAAGUAGAGAGUCUGAUAAUGCUUUUCAGUGCAAUGAAGAGAACUGUAAAGUAAUCAUUCUAUAUGAGGCAGACAAGCUAUCUACUGAUACCCUGACAUAUAUCAAGUGGGCAUUAGAGAGGUUUAAUUGGUGUAAUAAGGUAAUAUUUUGCUGCAGUGACAUCUCCAAACUACAGCCUUUAAAGUCACUUUGCACCCUUGUUCAAUUACUAGAACCUUCUAAUGAAGAGAUUAUUUCAGUUUUGGAAUUCAUAGCAAAACAAGAAGGAAUACAGCUACCCCAUCAGUUGGCCGUUCAGAUUGCUAACAGCUCCAAGAAUAACCUAAGACAAGCCAUACGCUCAUUUGAAGCUACCUGGAACUUCAAUCCAUCCUUGGAGGAAGAUCAGGAUAUCAAGACUGGAUGGGAAGAUAAAAUUGCAAAACUGGCAAAAAACAUAAUAGAAGAGCAAAGUCCCAAGCAGCUUUAUAAUAUCCGUGGAGAACUUCAAAAUCUAAUAGAGCACAAAGUAGCUCCCGAAUUUAUAUUCAAAACCCUAGCAGAAGAACUGAAAAGGAAUCUCGACUACCAGUUACAACCAAAAUUUGACAAAUUAUAUGAUGAGUAUCAGAGACAACAUGGGAGUAAGCAACUUAUGGCACCUGCACAGAAUCAACAAGAGAAACUCGUUAAAAGACAAAAUGAUCCAAGAAAAGAUGUCCAUCAAUUCAUGAGGAUUGAAGAGUUUAUAGCAAAAUUCAUGAGUUGGUACAAGGGCUUAACUCUAAAGAACAAGGAGAUUGAAUCUACUUGAUGAACUUGUUUGCCGCUUCUUCGAAGAGAUAUUCAGAUAUUUCAGAACAAUGCUUUGUUGUACAAGUUUCAAGCCAUAAAGUUAAUCAUGCAGUUAGAAAAUAAAGUAGAAAAAUUAGCAAUACACAAGAAGUUUUAUAUCUUAUAAAGCUAUCUAUUAAACUAACCGGGUGUAAGCUUCUUCAGGAUGCUGUCCUCUACAAUCAGCAAAAAUAUACUUCCUCCAAACUCUUGGCAGUCUUAUAUAAAUAUGCUUCUUCUCCUUUA